AUGGCCCCGCAAAUCAAGGAGAUACCCACAAAGCCCUACGACGGCCAGAAGCCUGGCACGUCGGGGCUGCGCAAGCGCGUGAAGAUAUUCCAGCAGGAGCAUUACACUGAGAACUUCAUUCAAUCCAUCUUGGACUCGAUUACCGCCAAAGGGGCGACCCUUGUCAUCGGUGGUGACGGUCGGUACCUGGUGAAGGAGACCGUGCAGACUAUCCUGCGCAUCGCGGCUGCAAAUGGCGUCGCGAAGCUGAUCAUUGGUCACGAUGGUAUUCUCUCCACCCCCGCUGCGUCCAACGUCAUCCGCAAGUACAAAGCCGACGGUGGCAUCCUCCUGACCGCGUCGCACAACCCCGGCGGGCCCAACAACGACUUCGGCAUUAAGUACAACGUGAGCAACGGCGGGCCUGCGCCGGAGAACGUCACGAACAAGAUAUUUGAGAAGACGAAGACGAUCAGCAGCUAUAAAGUUGUCGAGGGCGAGAAGGACCUCGACCUGAGCACGCUGGGCGCGAAGCAGUUUGCGGGGAUGAAGGUGGAGAUCAUCGACUCGGUGAAGGACUAUGUCCAGAUGCUGCAGGAGAUCUUCGAUUUCGAUCUCAUCAAGUCCUUCCUCACCACCCGCUCGGGCGAAUUCAAGGUGCUCUUCGACGGCUUGCACGGCGUCACGGGGCCCUACGGCAAGGCCAUCCUCGUCGAGACGCUCGGCCUGUCCCCGUCUGUCGUGCAGAACGACGUGCCCCUGCCCGACUUUGGCGGAGGCCACCCCGAUCCGAACCUGACCUACGCCAAGUCGCUCGUUGACAAAGUCGAGAAGGACGGCAUCCACUUUGGCGCGGCCAGUGACGGCGACGGUGACCGGAACAUGAUCUACGGCAAGGGCGCGUUCGUCACCCCCAGCGACUCGGUUGCCAUCAUCGCCGACUGGGCCGACCGCAUUCCGUACUUCAAGAAGGGCGGCGUCAAGGGUCUGGCCAGGAGUAUGCCCACCAGCGCUGCCAUCGAUUUGGUUGCGAAGAAGAAGGGACUGGAGUGCUUCGAGGUGCCCACUGGCUGGAAGUUCUUCGGUAACCUGAUGGAUGCCGGCAGGCUGUCCAUUUGCGGAGAAGAGUCUUUCGGUACCGGUUCUGACCACAUUCGUGAAAAGGACGGUGUCUGGGCUAUCAUCGCAUGGCUUAAUAUCCUGGCCGCGGCCAACAGGGAGUCCCCGAAUGAGCUGGUGGGCAUCAAGGAGAUCUUGCAGAAGCACUACAAAGUGUACGGGCGCAACUUCUUCUCGCGGUACGACUACGAGGAGGUCCCCUCGGAUGGGGCAAACGAGAUGGUCGCGCACAUCAACCAGGGCAUCACCUCCAAGUCGCUCAUCGGCUCCAAGUUCAGCUCCAAAUCGACUGGGGAGACCUUCGUCGUGUCCGAGGCGUACAACUUCGACUACACGGACCCGAUCGACAAGAGCGUGAGCAAGAACCAGGGGCAGGUCGUGCGCUUCGAGGACGGCAGCCGCGUCGUGUGGCGCCUGAGUGGUACCGGUAGUCAGGGCGCGACGGUGCGGAUGUACGUGGAGCGGUAUGUGGACCCGAGCAAGGGCGAUAAGGAGUUGACGAGGGAGACGGCGGAGGGCCUUAAGGGGCUCAUUGAGGUCGCGUUAGAGAUUAGCAAGCUGAAGGAGUUCUUGAAGAGGGAGGAGCCGACGGUCAUCACAUAA